GGUAAAGGACAGACAGUUGCCCGGGAAGGUUCCCUCAAGUUUCCUUCUGAUUCAUCUUGAACAUGGAGAGAUCCACGAGGGAACUGUUUCUCAACUUUACUGUGGUCCUAAUAACUGUGAUCCUCAUAUGGCUGCUAGUGAGAUCAUAUCAAUACUAAGAAGUUGAAGCUGGAGAUCCUGCCCUUGAUGAGCACAGAGGAAUCCUUAAGAACAUGGGAGCUUUCCUGGGCUGCAGUAUGCCUAGGGAUGCCUUUGCCUGCAAUUACCUAUGUUUGGAUGUAGCUAGGGUAGGAUGAGGGUUUUAUCUUUGCAGAAUCAUCUCUGUCCUGUGCCAAAUCUGUGUUUUAGGGCUUUGAGUCUGUGAUCCCAUGCUUCUAUGAUAUGUGGCAAUGUGAUUUUAUGUUUUUCCAAAAUUUCUUCGGCAAAAGUUGCUUUCAAGUGAGCAUUGGAUAUGUUAUCUGACACUAUAGAUAUUAAUAAUAAAAAAAAUCACUUGUUUGAAAUGGGGAUCUUUGUGAAACAGGAUUGUACAAUGUGCCCUCUCCAUCCCUCCACAGCUCCCUAUUUGUCAGCCCCUCUGCCAGCCUCUAUCCCCAUUGUUGUUUCAAGAGUAAAUUAAAAAUCAGCUCUUUGGUAGAAAAUGUGAUGUAAUUAGUCACUAUGGCUGUCAUUUAAAUAAAAAAAUUUAAACC